AAGCUAGCUCAUAAAGAGUGAAAACAUGUAUUUUCCCUUUCAUAUUGGUUUGGUUGGUUAUUGACAAUAAAAAGUAUUUGUUCCCUUCCUUUAAAAUAAAAAAUAAGAUGGAUAAAUUAAAAUGGAGGGAGGGAGUAAUAUUGUCAAGUUGACCAGUAAGGCUCAAUGAUGUAGGGGAAGAGUCCGCAGCCAGACAUUUUGCCUUUGUUUUUCUAUAUUCAAAAAUCAUACGCAUUAUUCAACACGCGACUUGGCCAACCGGUGCACGCACCCGGAUUGGUUAUAUUCGGAAUGGCCCUCUCUGGAUUCUCCUUGUCCAAAACAACAACACCAUUCCUCACCAAUCUUCCCCAUCCGCCACCGAAAAAUGCCCAACGCGCAUCGGCCUUUCUCAUGCCUAUAACAGAUCUGACUUUAACACAAAUCCGCACCCUCCAUCUGUUCCGAUUCCAUCACCCUAGAUUCCUAUCCAGCCGUAAUAUCGCUGCACUCAAAACUCCGAUGGCUGAGGAAGCGAUUAACAAGGCCACCAUAAAGUCAACGGUGGAUAACAAGAGUACCGUAGAGUCAGCGAUGAAUAACAUAACGGAAUCGGAGAAGAAGAAUGAGGAAGAAUCAAAGGUUACGAUUCCGCCGCCGCCGGAGAAGCCGUUGCCGGACGAUUGUUGCGGGAGUGGAUGUGUUAGAUGCGUGUGGGACAUGUAUUAUGAAGAACUCGAGGAAUACAAUAAGCUUUACAAGAGUAAUCCAGAUGUUAAGUCUUCUUAGAUUGGUUUGGAAAGACUAGGAUUCAUAUAAUUGAUUGCAUCUGUUCAUAUGAAUUGUUGUUUGUUAAAGUAUAUUCGUGGAAUCACUGAUGACAGAUUUAUGAGCAGGCACGUACUGUAAACAAAUUGAAACUUCGUAAACUAAACAUUUAUUUUUCUACUCUUAA